AUGAAUGCCGCCUGCCUCGAAAAGCUUCCUCUCGAGCUUCUGAAAAAGAUUGCCGAUUAUCUUCCUCCAUGUUCUGUUGCUGCCGCAGGUAUAGCAAACAAAGAGAUGCAAGAGCGAGUAGGUUCCGAGUUCUACCAAAGCAUGGCAAACGAAGACCGAGCCGAUUUUGCAAAGCUGCUAGACCGGGACUUCGAGAAUAUCUGGUGCCACUGGUGCGAAACCCGGCACUCUCCUAUCCUUUCGGUUCUCGCCAUCAAAGGUGGGGUAUGCAAAUCGCCCAGCGAUCUCACCGGAUUUGGAUCUACUGGUCUCCCUAGAAACUGGCAUCCGAAUCUGUUGGUCGGUCUAGCUAAGUACUGCCGAGAAGGCCGCGAUACUGCGGAGUUGGAAGCCUUGCUCUCCGUACCCCGCAAGUCACAGGAGAAUCAUGGUGUCGGUUCAAACAUAUCAUGGGAAUCUAUUGUCACUAAUGAGCAUGGCAUGUUUGCCAGAAGGGUAGAGGUGUUGUUUCCACUGACCAAGCGCUGCAGAGCCGUGGCUGCCUUUAAACAGUGCUGCCAUCGAUACGUUCGCCUAAGAUUUGAGCUAAUAAUGAAAUGGGACGCCAGGGGUAUUCAGUUCCGGCGUGGCCCAACUGCCCUUAUUGAACCAGAGGGAUGGAGAGUUGGUCCCGUCGUGAGCGAAGUUGAUGGAUGCCCAGAAUGCCAUCGGGAUUUCCGCGUCAUGCUGCGGACACCUGGAGAGAGCAAUGCUCCUUGUGUCUACCUCACAAUCUGGUAUUAUCUGGGAUCGGGCGACUUUGCUCUUGAUAUUGUGAACCGAAUGCAGAGACCACUGAGAAGAAGGUUGGGACCGGGGGUUGGACAUGUUUGUCGGGAGUCAGGAAUGUUUACCGAGGAGAAUAUCUCGGUAAGACCACUGGCCAGUGAUUUGGAAGACGCUGCUUCAGAAAUAGAGGAAUGA